AUGAAAUUUUUUUCUCAGCCAUUCAUCGAGAUUGUCGAAGGCCUUCAUCCCUGUCUAAAAUCAACCUUCUCAGGUGGCGAUGUCAUUCCUAAUAGCAUUCGUCUAGGUUACGUGCCCGACCUUAAGGACGAUUUUAUCGAAGAUGGGAUGGAAUCAUUCCGGCGCGGAGCUACAACUCUUCUAGUGACCGGGCCCAAUAUGGGUGGCAAGUCUACUUUGAUGCGACAGACAGCCCUACUGAUAAUUCUUGCACACCUUGUAAGAUAG